AUGCAGACUGCUUAUACAAACAUAUGUGAAAGACUGUGCAAUAAGUCCAUCCAUGAAAAUUCCUUGCCACUAAAUAUACCAUGGUCAACUGUUAUAACAAAGUGGAAGCAACUGGAAACAACAGCAACUCAGCCACAAAGUGGUACGGCACUUAAAAUGACAGAGCGGGGUCAGUGCAUGCUGAAGCGCACAGUGUUCAGAAGUCGCCAACUAUCUGCAGAGUCAAUAGCUAAAGACCUCCAAACUUCUUGUGGCCUUCAGAUUAUCACAACAACAGUGUGUAGAGACUUCAUGGAAUGAGCAGCUGCAUCCAAGCCUUAUAUCACCAAGUGCAAUGCAAAGCGUUAGAUGCAUUGGUGUAAAGCAUGUCACCACUGGAGUCUAG